AUUAAGGGGGAGACUGAGCUCGAAAACGGUAAUAAUAGUGGAAAAAGUAAGAUAAGACUGUUUAAUGAGAGUGUUUGCUUUCACAAAAGACCGAAAAGGCAGCUGAGUGAGGCUAAACAGGAGCCCUCUCUCUCCCCUUGGUGUGUCGAGGAGGGUGGCAGGUGUUCAGUUGAGGGAGACGCAUCGCCUCAGUCGGCUCCCCAAGCCUCAACAGGGUGCCGAGAGACGGAGGACAAAACGGCUGAAACGCAGCUAAGUGUAGCCAAAAACUCCCGUGAGUAUGAACGGAUAAACGUCUCUGAAGUAACCGUUUGUAUCCCCGGGCGGACUGUUUCUGAGGACCGCUGAAGACUGUGGAUAAAAAAGCGAAAGGCUCCAGUGUCGCAGUAGCAGCAGUGAGAGUAACAUUACCGGCUCUGUAACGGCCGUUUUUUUUCCCCCAGUUCAAACCGACUGUUACUUUUUGGCUCGCGCUAACUCUUCUUCGCUGGUGUAUGUACAGGAAAGGUAGGAAAGGAAGCUCCCAGUUGUUGCUGAGAAACUUGUUCUUUCUGAAGCUAACCUGUUGUGUAAUUUCACCGUGUAAUCCGAGCCCCGGCGCAUUACGGCAAGUUAGCCUAUCUUGUAUUCGAGGGAAGAGUACCCCUUCUGGGAGAGUGGAUGUCUAACUUCAGAUAACAGACUGCAGCCCACGCUUCUCCAUCACGGACGCUCUGUCCAGUUUGUUUGCACUCAAAACCAGCGGUGUUCACAGAAUCAAUUACUGGAUGGAUUUUUUUUAGAGCACACAUACAGGGCAAAAGCAUGGUUGGGUAAUUACGUGUUUUAUUGCUUCUCUUGUUAAUACGACCACUCUCUAAACAGCUAAAUGAUCCGCGGGACAAAUCCCCGGUGAAGACAUCAAAACAAGCGCGGAUUUGAGGUCGAUAGCAGGCAAUAAGCCGAUAAGUCUAAAACACACUCAAAUGUAUUAAUUCCUUGCUCGAUCAAUGCAAAUGAAAAUGAGGUAUCGCAGGACGCAGGGACACACGGACUCCGCCACAGCAGAUAGAGAUUACCGUGCCGUUACACCGUAAAGACACAUAGUGAGGGAAAGUCCCCCCUGUGCUUCUUCUCCCGCUGCCUGCUGAGUUUUGGACACCGGAGCUGGGGAGUCAGAGCGGGGAGCUUGUCGGCAGUGACAGCGGUGAACUCCCGGAGCUCUGAGCUUCGCCUCACCGGGAACGCAGAGCCGAAGCCCGCGUCUCCUUCUCCGCUCGGACUUCUUCCUAUUCGUGCGCAGGACAGAGAGAGUUGCAGCAGCAGCAAAGCACAAGCGGACACGGACACUGUUGGCUCCCUUCUCCCGCAUGAUGAAACCAGGAAUUUGCUGCCCUGAGGGGUCCCCGGAGCGUGUGGAGGGACCCGCAGCAGGGAAGAUGAUGGGGACAGGGACGGCCCGGAGUGGGAGCCGGUGUACGCCUCUUUUUCUCCUGCUCCUUCUCGGCAGCAGCUGCCACAUGUUGCAUGGCCAAGAGGUUGCUCCCUACCUGCGAGGGGGUGGAUUGGGGCAGCAGGUGGUGUUGGAGGGAAACAGACUGGUGCUGACCUGCCUGGCUGGAGGCAGCUGGCCUCUGCAGUACCGCUGGACGCUCAACAACAGCAACGUCACCGACUGGACACCACAGUACAGGUUGUCUGUCCCGUCUCUGAAGAGGACUGAUGCUGGCCUGUAUCAGUGUAUGGUGAGAAACAGGAUGGGAGCUGUCAUACACAGGAGAACAGAGGUGCAGGUGGCCUUCAUGGGGAACUUUUCUGCUGAAGAUCAGAGAAAGACGGUGACCCAGGGCCGAGCAGCCAUCAUCAGCCAGCCUCCCCUCGCCUCUUUCCCCCGACCUGUAGUCACAUGGUACAAAGACGGGCACAAGAUAAUCCCCAACAACCAAAUUGCAAUCACUUUGGACAAUCAGCUGGUUGUCUUGGCAACCACUGCGGUGGAUGCUGGACGUUACCACGUGGAGGCAGUGAACGAGAUGACAGGAGAGAAUGUGACGAGUCCGGCCGUCUACAUGAGUGUCUCAGUUGGCAAGAAGAACCGCGGGUCAACAGAUCCUGAAUCAGAAGUUGUGGCUCCGGCGAUUGUGAUCGGACCCAAAGACACAACAGUGGUGGCAGGGAGCGAGGCGACACUGGAGUGUAUUGCUAAUGCCAGACCGGUGGACAGCCUUGUGGUGUCAUGGAAACGUGAUGGGCGUCGUCUGGCCAGUGGGCGUCGGCUCAUUAUUCCUGCCCCCACCUCCUCUGACACAGGGUUGUAUGUUUGUGAAGCGUCGCUUAGCAACAGCACUGCCAAACCUGUGGAGGCAAGGGCACACCUCACUGUAAUGGAGCCACCCUCUCUGACUGCUCAGCCUAAGAGAAAGAUCCUCGCUGACCUCGACAGGAAUGUAGACAUCCCCUGCCAGGCUACAGGCGUGCCACAGCCCAGGAUAGAGUGGUAUAAGGACGCCGUGCCUCUUUCCAAAUUGGCCAACCCUCGCUACAAGGUCACCGCAUCAACUGGGCUGACGGUGCGCAGGGUGCAGCCAGGAGACGGAGGAAUAUUCCAGUGUUUCGCUCGCAACGCUGGCGGAGAAACUCAGGCACACGCACAACUCCUUGUAUCCAGUGUGGCCCCCACGUUUACGUUACCUCCGUCUGACCAAACAGUAACUGAUGGGAACACGGCCUUGUUUAUGUGCCAGACGAGCGGAGCUCCCAAACCUGCCAUCACCUGGAGGAAAGGAUCACAGGUCUUAGCUAGCGGCUCUGUCCAGGUUCCCAGGUUCACACUGUUGCAGUCAGGUGGUUUGCAGAUUCAGCCAGUCAGCUUCCAGGAUUCAGGAGAAUAUACGUGCAUCGCCUCCAACUCAGAGGGAACCAUCAACACCACCUCUACGCUCACCGUCUGGAGUCGUACAGUCAUUUCUGUGCCUCCGACAGACCAGCGUGUUAUCAAAGGAACCACGGCUAUUCUGGACUGUAAUGCCACACAUGACCCCAGAGUCAAUAUCAGCUUCAAGUGGGAUCGAGGAGGUGUGCUGGUUCGUCCCUCCAGUGGAGGCCGUGUCUCCAUACGCCAGGGCUCCCUCACUAUUGGCCAGACAUGGUCUGGUGACAUUGGUGAUUACACCUGCAUGGUGACAUCAAAGGCUGGCAACGAUUCUCGCUCCGCACGACUUGAAGUCAUUGAGCUGCCACACUCUCCUCGCUCCCUGACAGCCCGGCUCAAUGACUCUGAUUCCCGCUCAGUCCUCCUGUCCUGGCUACGCCCCUUUGACGGGAACUCCCCCCUUCUAUACUACCUGCUGGAGCUCUCUGAGAACAACUCCCCGUGGAAGGUCUACCUAUCAGAGGUCGAUCCCGUGGUGACCGAGGUAUCAGUGGGCGGGCUCACACCUGCCAGGACCUAUCAGUUCAGGCUUUGUGCCGUCAAUCAAGUGGGCAGGGGCCAGUACAGCGCGGAGACACAGAGAUUGAUGCUGAGGGAGGAGGCACCCAGCGCGCCUCCAAAGAAUAUUGUUGCUAGUGGGCGGACAAAUCAGUCCAUCAUGGUCCAGUGGCAGCCUCCACCAGAACCCCAGCUCAACGGAGUCCUUCGAGGAUAUGUGCUCAGGUACCGUCUGGCAGGGCUGCCAGGGGACUACCAGGAGAAGAACAUUAGCAGCCCAGAGACCAACUACUGUCUGCUGAAAGAUCUGAUCAUCUGGACACAAUACCAGAUCCAGGUGGCUGCCUUCACCGGAGCCGGCCUGGGCGUCUACAGCAGCCCUGUCACCGAGUACACUCUGCAGGGAGUUCCCACAGCACCUCCGCAGGAAGUGGAAGUUUUAGCUAUCAACUCGACUACCAUCCGCUUCACAUGGAAUCCUCCACCUCAGCAGUUUAUUAAUGGCAUCAACCAGGGAUACAAGCUGCUGGUCUGGCCAGAGCAGUCUCCAGAGGAUGUUACCAUAGUAACCAUCACUCCGGACUACCCCGGUUCACGCCACACAGGGUUAGUCAGUGGACUCAAGAAGUUCACCUGGUACUUUGGCUCCACCCUCUGCUUCACAACACCUGGGGAUGGCCCCCGCAGCUCGCCCACUCUGGUGCAGACACACGAGGACACACCUGGACCUGUUCGCCACCUGAGCUUCACUGAAAUCUUGGACAUGUCCCUCAGAGUCAGCUGGGCAGAGCCUGAAGACAAGAACGGCAUCAUCACUGGCUACGUGUUGUGGUGGGAAGUGUCUGGCGUAGAGUCGAGUCGUGAGGAACGUUCACUGUCCAACUCCACCCUGCAGUACCAGCUGACCGGCCUCACCUCCACCACAGCUUAUGCACUACAGGUGGCAGCGCUCACCGCCGCAGGACGGGGCGUGGUCACAUCCUCCACCAUCUCCACUGGAGUCCCACCAGAACUUCCUGGUGCUCCAUCAAACUUAGUCAUCUCCAACAUCAGCCCUCGGACAGCAACACUCCGGUUCCGCCCUGGUCCUGAUGGCAAGACUGCCAUAUCACGAUGGAUAGUAGAAGGCCAGGUAGUGAAGGAGGAUGGAAAGGAGGAGGAGUGGAGAGUUGUCUACCAGAAAGACAACCAGCCAGACGCAAACACGUUGGAGAUCCCCGACCUCAGUCCGUUCACCCAGUACAGGUUCAGGAUGCGGCAGAUGAACAUUGUUGGCUCCAGUCCCAUGAGCGCCCCCUCCAGGCUGAUUCAAACCCUGCAGGCUGCCCCUGAUACACACCCCUCCAGCCUUACCCUGCUGUCUGUAACACAGACCAGCCUGAGCUUCAGCUGGAAGCCUCUUCCAGAGUCCGAGUACAACAGCAGUCCAGAGACUGUGGGAUACCGGUUGAGAAUAUGGAGGACAGACGGCCAGGGGGAGGACAGGACUGAGGAUGUGGAGAAAGCAGGGGAGACCAGUGAGGCCACAAUUGAGGCCCUGAAACCCUGGACCCAGUACCAAGUUCAGAUUCAGGCCUACAACUCCAUAGGACCUGGACCAUGGAGCAACACCGUUGCCGCACUCACCGCAGAAUCUGUCCCAUCUGGAUCUCCAAUGAAUGUGACUGCUGAGACAGUGAGUUCCACCAGGAUCCUGCUCACAUGGUUUGCUGUCCCUCAGGCACAGAAGAAUGGAGUCAUCCUUGGAUACAAGGUGUUGUACAAAGAGAAGGAUUCAGAAGGUCCAUCCAGUAUUAAGGUAGCAGAAGGAGAGGGGAGUGUGACGCUGUUCCUCGGGGCUCUCCAAAAAUAUACAGUGUACGUGCUGCAGGUGCUGGCGUACACACGGAUGGGCGAUGGCCCUAAGAGCAACCCCAUACUGCUCAGAACCAAAGAAGAUGUCCCAGGCCCCCCUGUCAGGAUGGUGUUUCCAGAAGUUCGGUUGUCAUCAGUUAGGGUGGUUUGGCAGCCACCCACGAACCCCAACGGCAUCAUAUUAGGCUACCAGAUAUCCUACUGCUUGGACAGCAGGGACCCCCAGCGAUGGACCACAGUGGAGGUGGGCUCCAAUGCUCGACAGUUCACCGUCACAGGACUUUCCCCUGAGCAGGCCUACGUGUUCCGACUCACUGCUCGCACCGCUGUGGGCUGGGGCGAAGAGCAGGAAGCCCUGGUUGUUACAACGGAACGUAGAGAGCGUCCCCAGCCACCCAGGAAGCUGGCUGUUCCUCAGGACGGGGUUGAAUCUCGCCGUCUCCGCCUCCACUGGGUGAUGGGUGGCUCAGGUUCCUCCCCGCUGAGAUACUUUACUCUGCAGGUCAAAGAGCUGCCCAGCGGGGACUGGAACACACAUACCGCUGACAUCCCGCACAACGUGACCACCUGGACCGUUGACAGAUUAAAGCCCUUUACAUCAUACAAGUUUCGGAUGCUGGCCACGAACGAUGUAGGAGACAGUGUCCUCAGCAAAGAGACGGAGGCUGUAACAACUCUGCAGGAUGUGCCUGACGAGCCUCCAGUGAUCCUCGCAGUGAAACCAACAACCACUACCUCAGUCCUGGUGCAGUGGAAGCGUCCCGGUGACGACACUGUCAAUGGGGUGUUGACCGGAUACCGGCUUUAUUAUAGAGAGCUCCCAGUUAACACCUCCACUCUCGCUGAAGCAGAAGUCCAGGCAACCAAAAACAACACCACAAGUGCCCUCAUUACAACCAAGAGCACCUUCAAGACAGUCAGCAGUGCCUCACUAACGGAGUUUGAGUUGACACAACUAAAGAAGUUCAAACGCUACCAGAUUGUUAUGACCAGCUACAAUAUCAUUGGAGAGAGCCCACCCUCCACUCCAGUCGAGGUGUCUGUUGGAGAGGCAGCUCCAUCGGUGGCCCCUCAGUCUAUUAGAGUGUCCGCCGUGUCUCCCUCCAUCCUGGAAGUGACCUGGGACACCCCCCCCCUCGAGACCCAGAAUGGACUCAUUCAAGGAUACAAGAUCCACUACUGGGAGAGGGACAAGCAGAACCAGACUGAGAAAGUCAAGGUGAUUUUUGUCCCUGACACCCGUGUGCACCUCACCAACCUGACCAGCUACACACCUUACCUGGUCACUCUGACUGCCUUCAACACGGCUGGAGAUGGCCCACCCAGUGACCCCCGCGGGGCCCGCACUCUGCAGUCCGCUCCCAGCCAGCCCAGCUACCUGUCCUUCUCAGAGGUGACAGGAGGAAGUGUUAAUGUGUCCUGGGGAGCUCCACUCACUCCUAAUGGACAGCUAGAGGGCUACAGGGUCAUCUACCAGCCCACUGCUCCUGUACAAGGAGUGACUAAAGUGGUGACAGUGGAUGUGCGGGGCAGCUGGCAGAGAUGGCUGAAGGUUCGAGACCUGGUCAAAGGAGCAACGUACACGUUCAGUGCUCAGGCUCUCACGGUCAGCUAUGGACCUCCCAUCCAAGCAAACAUCAGUGCUCAGCCUGUGCAAGGCUCCCCUGGGUCACCUCUGGAAAUGUCCAUCACCAAGACGUCCUCUGCGCUCACUAUCACCUGGACAGAGGGAGAGAGCGGCGCAGCACCUGUCACUGGAUACGUUAUUGAGGCGCGUGCAUCAGACGAGGGAGUGUGGGACUCCUUCAUCAGACUCCUCCCUCCCAGCAGCAGGUCCGUUUCAGUGCCGCUGGAGCGCCUGAGGUCGGGGAUCAGCUACGAGUUCAGAGUCAUUGCUGUUAAUCGCUAUGGUUACGGACAGCCAAGUACACCCUCUGCUGCUCUCGCUGCACUGUCAGAACGUCCGUUCUAUGAGGAGUGGUGGUUCCUGCUGGUCAUGGCUCUUGUGGGACUCAUCCUCAUUCUGGUCCUGGUCUUCACACUGCUGCUGCAUGGACACAGCAGCAAGUACAAGGCCUGCGGCACAGGGAAGCACAUGUCCACAGCGGAGGAGUCAGUAACGCUGGACAACGGAGGUUUCACUGCUCUGGAGCUUAACAGCAGAACGCUCAACACCAAGAACUCCUUCCUGAAAAAGAACGGGACCAGAUCUCCUCCCAGGCCCAGUCCAGGCGGUCUUCACUACUCUGACGAGGACAUCUGUAACAACUAUAAUGGAGCCGUGCUCACAGAAAGCACCACGCUCACUGAGAAACCCACCGAGGUCUCUGAGUCAGAGUUAACAGACAGUGACUACGAGGACGAACAACCGAAGCACUCCUUCGUCAACCACUACAUGAGCGACCCCACCUACUAUAACUCCUGGAAGCGGCAGCCCAAAAGCCUUAAACCAAUGGGAACUCCGUUUGGCUACGAGGAGUGCGCCACUGCGGACACAGAGCCCUACUACCAGACCGUGGUCACCCAGCACAGCACGGGUGGGGCAUACACACCUACGGGGCAGCCUGCGCACACACACGUCAACCCUAACACCAACCCACCUCCGGGGUCACGCACCCCUGUGACGGGAUUCUCCUCAUUUGUUUGACUCUAGAGACAAAGUCUGCACAAAAUGAUACACACACACGUACACAAAAUAAAUGAGGGGGGCCCAGUGUGUGUUUGGACUAAAGGAGACAGAGCCGGUGGCUUCGGAGGAGAGGGGAGGACGAGGUGAGGAGAUGUGGGACGGACUGGUGACGAAACAGCCCUCCAUGCCCCAAAGAACUAAACCUACACUUCUCACUCGCCUUCUCCCCUCGUUCACAAAGAUCCUCACUGUGUCGACAAGUGUGUGUGUUGCCCUCCUACUACUUUUACGCCUCUAUGUCACUGUGCUUACACACACAGUUACUGUCCUCGUUUCCACACACACAUACACAUUCACACCGGCAUACACCACCAGAUACUCAUGCCUAUUCCAGAGACUCUCCAACGAGAGCUAAGAGCGACGACCACACGAGUCUGUUUGUGUAAAUGUCGAGGAGAGAAUUUAACCUCGAACCGGUGGAACGUGGAAUUUCUGCACAACGCUUCUUUCUCUGUUUUCUGUAUUUACACAUAGCACAUAGGUGCACAAAUACACACGCAUGCACUCCCCGAUGCGCCAUUUCAGUGUCUCCCACUGGGAGAGAAGAACUUCAAGGUUGAGGAGAAUCAUUAUAAGACGGCACAGACGGGAGCAGCUUUUGUUGACAGACUGGCUCAUGUACACAAACACGAAGCUGUCUGCUUUAAAAUACCACCACACAGAGAAAAAGAAAAAAAAUUACAAUCAAUAAUCACAGUUUUGAACUUGAUAAAGGACGAGCGUGGGCGAGGGGUUCUUCAGAAGCGGAGUGUUGUGUGGUUCCUGAGAGCGAUGUGUUCGGGGUUUGGGUUGGGAUAUAUGAAAACCAUGUUUUUUACCGUCUUCUUCCUGUCGUCAGCGCUCCUUAUACCACAGCCUCCCAAGCCAUAAUGCUUGCACUGAGCCGAACCCCAAACAUUUCAUCUUUAAUCUGUUACGUUUUUUACAAGUUUGAGUGUGUGUUGGAGUGUGACACGUGUGCGCACAAGCAUGCGUGUAUAAAUGGCUCUAUGCUCAGUUUAGACGCCUGUUCAUCCUUCUCUGUUGUUCACUGCUAAGCAAAGCGUGCCAUCGUAUGUAUGUUUGUGUUUUUAGGAUGGAUUUUGUACAGGGAAACCCUUUUUACUUGUGUGCUGUUGUAUGUAGUUCGGCCAUGUUUGUGUAAUUCAGAACAAAUAGUGAAACAGCACUGGAGCGAGUCCCCAGCCACACUGAGCGACGAGAGGGAACAGGAGGAGGCGGUUUAACAAGAGUCAUAAAAAAAAAUAUAAGCUGCAGAGAAUAAGUGUGGAACAAGAUUACAGGAUAUUUUGGAGAUUCAUUCCUGUUCAAACUGAGUGUGAUUGAACUUUGAAUCAUGAAGCCCCACUGUUUGUACCUCGGCCCCAGCCCCACCAGCCAGGCUGACACACUUUGUACCAAGUGCAAACAGAAAUCAUCUGUAAGUUUUUUGCUCAUGUAUAAUUUAAAAAUUUCUCCUCCCUCCCAGCCAGCCAGCCAGCCAGCAGCCUCCCUCACUCUGUCACGCUUGUUUUGAGUCCCAUUACAGUGUGUGAAUAAAUGGUCAUUGUUUAA